UUCCCGAGCCCCCGAAAUGGCAGCUAAAAUGGAGAUAACUUUGAGUACCUACCCCGAGGAUUGUGGCAAACAAGAGAAACAUAUAAUAAUGGAGCUGGAAGAGAAACGUGGCCCCCCUCAGCAAAAAGCCUGCCCGGAUCCGGAGCUUUCCCGUCAGAGCUUCAGACACUUUUGUUACCAGGAAGUAUCUGGACCCCAGGAAGCACUCUCGCGCCUUCGACAGCUCUGCAGACAGUGGCUGCAACCCGAACUACACACUAAGGAGCAGAUUUUGGAGCUCCUAGUGAUGGAGCAGUUUCUGGUCAUCCUACCUUCAGAGAUCCAGGCGCAGGUCAGGCAUCGAUAUCCAAUGAACAGCAAGGAGAUUAUGACUCUGGUGGAAGAUUUGCACAGAGCAUCCAAAAAACCAAAGCAGUGGGUGGCCGUUUGUAUGCAAGGGCAAAAGGUGCUCUUGGAGAAAACAGGGGCUCAGCUUGUAGAACAAGAAUUUCCAGAUUUUCAACCCCAAACUCCUAGCAGAGAUACUCAAGAGAACUCCCUGGAAGAGCCUUCCUGGGAAGGAUCUCGUGACAAGCUGAGUCCCCAUCAUUGGGAAAAAUACCCCUUCUACCAGGAGCCAGUCCCCAAAUUGACUGAGACAGAGGCCUGCAGGAUGAGAAGUGACAAGGAAAACCCACAACAGGAGGGGGCCAAAGGAGCAGAGACACAUACAGUGUCAUCCAGGAGAUCUAAAGUGAGUGAACCCGAAUUGUCACAGAGGCAGGCCAGUCCCCCAAAUGCUCAGAAGGCAUUUGCUCACUACCAGAGACAUUGCAGAGAACUGGAAUAUAUCAGCAACCCCUGCAGAGGCCACCCGCUGAGAGAGUUAAAGAAAAGCCAAGGAGGCAGAAGCAGCCUGAGCAGUCCCCAGCAAUGUCUUAGUCAGCAGGCAGCCCACUCAGCAGAGAGAUUGUAUAAAUGUGAUGACUGUGGGAAAAGCUUCACGUGGAAUUCAGAGUUGAAACGACAUAAGAGAGUACACACAGGAGAGAGACCCUACAUCUGUGGGGAGUGCGGAAACUGCUUUGGGAGGCAGUCAACUCUGAAACUGCACCAGAGAAUCCACACUGGAGAGAAACCAUACCAGUGCAGCCAGUGUGGCAAAAGCUUUCGCCAAAGCUCAAAUCUUCACCAGCACCACAGGCUCCACCAUGGGGACUAAACAGAUGUUAGAUCCCAGGGAAAGCUUCCUGUCUCUAUUUCCCUUACUUGCAUGUAAAUCACAGAGUGUCUUUUUGAUUUACAAAGGAGCAAGUGGCCCUUGGGGAGUAAUGGGUGAAUAUUCAACUGGUAAGGAGCUCAAAAGGUGGCUGUCUGCAAAGAUGGCUGAUCUGGGUGUGGGGCAAAGAGAACUGCAAUCUCUGCAGAGUGGGGACUAGUUACUGAGGAAUAGUUAGGAUGAGCCACAAGUGGUUUUA